UGAGAGAGUCAGAGGCAGUGGAGAUUAGUACGACGAAGGUGCACCUGCUUAGAGUAGGUGACAUUAUCAACAGGACUCCGGACAAAAGUCCUCGUCAAUUAGUCAUAGCUCUACCUUCAAAUUAGUUUCUACUUGUUAUUGGGACUUCAAUUGUUACCUGAAUUUCCCCUGGGAAGCACUUUGUGCUGAUAUCUACUAGAACCAUCGAACUCAGCAUUGCAGUGGGAGCUAACAGAGAUAAAGGAAGAUCUAAUGCAAAAGGGGAUUACCACUCUCUGUCUGUCCUCAUCACAAGGAGGGGUACAAGAAGAUGUCCGUUCAGAUACCGGACGAUACAGACUUUACCUCUUUCAAGGAACAAUGUGAAAACCACGAAGGAUGGACAGCGCGCUACAACAAGGGAAGCGUGACGGUGUGGUGCAGGGACGAAGAGUGUAAAACUAUCCAGAAACUAAAGAUGAAGAUAGUGUGCAAGGACGUGACUGCUGAGACCCUUUACGACGUCCUUCAUGACACCAGCUACCGGAAGAAGUGGGACAGCAACAUGAUUGACACCCACGAUAUCGGCAGGCUUACUGUCAACGCAGACGUAGGAUAUUACUCCUGGAAGUGCCCGAGCCCCCUGAAGAACAGGGACUUUGUCACCAUGAGAUCAUGGCUUCCUCUGGGCAACGACUACCUGAUCAUCAACUACUCUGUCAAACACCCGCAAUAUCCACCCAGAAAGGACUACGUGAGAGCGGUGUCGCUGCUGACAGGCUACCUGAUUCAGUCCAACGGAGCAAACUCCUCCACUCUCUAUUACCUAACGCAGGUCGAUCCCAAAGGCUCCCUUCCAAAGUGGGUGGUGAAUAGAGUGUCUCAGUUCGUAGCACCAAAGGCCAUGAAGAAGAUCUUCAAGGCCUGUCAGAAGUAUCCAGAGUGGAAGAGGAAGCACAACCCUAACCUGAAGCCCUGGAUGUAUCCUGAGCAGAACACCUUACCGUGUAUAAACGUGGCUGACCUCGUACUGCAGAGAGCUGACUCACUGGAGAACAUCGACGAGAGCAGCCUGACAGAGGAGAAACGAGCUCAACAUCACAGUGACGAUGAAGAGACCUAGGCUAACUCGGAGUGAAGAGACUGUUUGUAUAGAAUUGUGAGGCUGUGUUUAAAAUGACACCUUAUUUCCCUAUUUAGUGUAUUACUUUUGUGCAGGGCCCGUAAGGCUGUGGUCAAAAGUAGUGCACUAUUUAGGAAAUAGGGGGUGCAAUUUCCGACACACCCUCUGCGUUGCGUUUGGUGUGUGUCUUUGCAUGUGUGUGAGAGUGUGUGUGUACAGUACAAAUAAUAUACAUGUAUGAUUUACUAUCAUUUUGAUCUGCAAAUUUGUCUUGUUGCAUUUAGUCGUAAUUUAUCCAUAACUUAUUGAGUCAGAGGGGUUUGACAGGGUAUUUUCAUAUAGCAUGACAAAUUGGGAAAAAAUCUGACUUAUUCUUCCAAAAAUAGACAAUGUAUUUACGGUGCUAUUUUCAACUCAAUGGUAUAAUAUCUAAUUGAUUAUAAUAAUAGUGUAAAACUUUGUGUCUAUUUCAUAACUAAUUUAAAGACCCUAACAUGUUUUUUUUCUCCAUAUUCAUGUUUGAUUUGACUAAGUUUUCAUUUGAAGUGAGAUACAAUAGCCAUUAACAAUACAGUCACCUUAUCAUUCAGCCUACUACAGUAUAUUUCCAGGUCUCUAGUGCCUCCCAGUGGCAGUAAAACGUCAUAACAUUUCAUCAUCCCCCAGUGUUCCGGAAGCCAUGAGCGGUUAGAACAUUGGAAUGUUGUCAGUUUGUUAGGAAGUGAAUUAGCAUAAUGCACCAAGACAAGUGUGCUUUUGUACAGUGAAUGGCCCACUGAGGCUCCUAAUGACAGUCACAGGGGAGGAGAGAUGGAGAGAUGGCAGCAUAACAACACCUGAGGGAAUUCAAGCUCCUCUCUGGAAUCAUUAUAAUCAGUCAUAAUCUGUUAUAGCUUGUUAUAACCUUAGGGGUCAUGAAGCAUGUUUAGCUGUUAAAAGGUCAUUACUUCAGUUAUACUGUCACGUUCGUUCAUCGACGGGUCAGACCAAGGCGCAGCGUGAUAUGCAUACAUGUUUAUUUGACUUAUA